UAUUAGGGUAUAACUUGUUUUGGUAGCCUGUGUAAUUGCAGCCACAUCAGGAACAAUGUCGUGGCUAGUGAGUUUCGUAUCUAUGAUAACGACCUUCCUUUUGUAUACUGGACUCACUUCCGGUCAGGGUUAUGGAGGUUAUGGAUCAAGUUUCGCACAAAGCUGCUCCACCGCAUGUUCCGUUUCGUAUCCACCCGUUAACGCUUCGGACUGCUUUAUGUUACUAAUUGAUUACCAGUCCGGCACCUUAUAUUUUGUUCGUAAUGUUCCUCGCGCACAGGUAUUAGGUAACAUGAAAUACUUGGCUCUGCUCGCCAAAAUACUUAACAUACCAACGGUCAUGACCACCAGUUUGGAAGACCAAUUCGACGGACCCGUUGUGACUGAUCUGCAGCAGAUUUUGCCGGACUCUUACGCCAGUCGUAUUCCCCGCCAUGGCACCAUCAACCCUUGGGAGGAACCGGCUUUUAAAGCGGCCGCCAUUAAAGCAGCUGGUGGACGAAAGACGGCCAUCAUUGCCGGUCUGACCAACGAUGUCUGCGUGGUUAACCCGGCCAUCUCCAUUAAACAGGACGGGUUUAACGUGAUAGCAGUGCAGGAUGCCAGUGGUAGUCCCAACGCGCAGGCGGAUGAGAAUGCCCGACGCCGGUGGGAGAUGGCCGGUGUCCGCACGUUCACGACAACGGCGCUACUGACGGAGAUGGCUCAUGACUGGAAUAACCCCGAUGGUGCGAAAGUGCUGCAGCAGCUGGUCAUUGACCAGUAUCUUCCCUCGUUUAAUACAACUUAUCCUUUUCAAGCUGGCAUUAAUUGAUAAGUGAUGGUUUGUUCAGUCAUUAAUUUAUGAAGUUAAUGUGGAAAUUAUCCGUUUUAGUUGCGCAAAUAUUAUGAUAGCUGAUGUGAGGAUACACGUCAUACUUUUUUUGUAGUAAAAUUGCUUAAUUGCAUAAACAAAAGUUUGUAUU